AUGGCCGAGAAAUUCAAUGGUUUUAGCCACGACGAUAUACUCAAAAUAACCGGAGUGAAGGAGGGAGGCAACGCACACAGGCCACAGAGUGCGGAAGCAGAAGAAUAUCCGGCAGGCAGAUUAAAUGCCAAAGCAGCAGCAUCUCAAGCGAAGUCUCAACAAGUUGCAGCAGCAAAGAAGACCACCACCAAAUCGGGCAGGAGCACUCCCACGGAAUCGACAGCACCUCCCACGCCAAACACUGACGUCGUCCCGGCUCAAGUUUCACUGAACUUGGACCGUCCGCUCUCCGACUCUCUGGUGGAAGCUCUCUACUAUGGCAAGGCCUCGGCUCCCUCGACGGGCAGAUCUGUUGCUACCACUGCCACGUAUGCGGAAGCUGUUGCCGCUAGUAGUGGUGGCGUGGCUAGUGGCGACGGCGACACCAGCGAAGCGACAAUAGAUGACAGCUCAAUACUGAAGAUAAGCAAUAGUAAUAAAAAUGGCACCAGCUCUGAUGAUGCCGCCAGCAUACUGCCCAGCACCAAAGACUUGUCGCGGGAGGGCCUGAACACGGACUCGCCCUUCAAGGGCGUCUCUCUGCAGUACUUUGAGCAGCAUCGCAAGAUGAUCCAGGAGCAGAAUAAGCAGAAGAAGCAAAUGCUCUAUCAGGCCAUCGAGCAGCACACACAGAAAACGGCAGCGGAGUCGCGCAAAAUCGAGGAAAUACGUCACGAACUCUCCAAACUGGAGAGCGAUCUGGCCGUAGAUGUGGCCAUGCUGAGGAAGCAGAUUGACAACGCUUGCAUACAUUUUGCCAAUGUAGAAAAACAAUAUGUGCGGAUCGAGGCUCAAUUCCUGAAGGCUAAGGUAGACCUGCACAAUGCUUCGGAGAAGAAGGAACUACUGACAGAACAUCUCUGCACUGUCAUAGCCCACAAUGAGGAUCGCAAGGCCCAGAAGCUCACGGAGCUGAUGCAGAAAGUAGGCCUGGCGCCAACCGACGAGCCCCCGACCUCGCCACAGAAUCUGAGUGAAUCUUAAAUUAAAUUAAAUUAAAUUUGUAAUUUUGAAUGCUCUAUAAUUUUUAUGUCUAUUUUUACUUAAGCAACAAAGUGCAAAUUGCAAUAAAUAAUGUGUAUUUUAAGUGUAAAUUUUAA